CCAACUGUAAUAAAAACACCGCUUGCACGUCUUGUUCUCAUCUCCCACCUCUUUCCUCACCCGUGGAGGAAUCUCGCCAUUGCUGGGGAAAUUCUCUUUGCUUCCUUCUUCUUCAGCACAAUAAUUUCCCUCUUUUUGAUAUUCUUCCAAGAGCAGUUUCCUUUUUUGGCAUGUGAAGCCUCAUCAGAGAAGGCUAUUAAGCCCCACAGCGCUUCUGGCCAGAGGGGUUACUGUUUCAAAUGCUUCUUCCGUUUUAGCUUCUCGCUUCUAUUUCUAUUCAAAAAAAAGGUUGAGGAAUUUGACCACAGAAUCUUGAGCUCAGAUGGACAAUUCGUCAAAUUUUGACGAAAAUUGUGAUGUUGGUUAUCAGCCUUCAGCUUCCUCUGUGGAUCAGAAUGAUCAAUCAGCCACUGGGUAUUCCACAUUUAGUAGUGAUUCUUUCGCCUACUGCCGGUCUAACUCUCAGGCCUCUAAUUUCUCAGAGCCUGUUGAUGACAAUAGCUCUGCUGGUGAGCCCUCACCUUCCUGGUGUCUCACUGCGAAACCCGUUACCAAUCAAGCAGUUCUUACAAGGCUAGGGAUAAAACCGGGCAGGCAUUCAUUGGAUAAUAAACUUGAAGACCUGGAUCCCUUAGAAUCAGCAGAACUUGAAAUGAUGAAGGAAAAAUUCGCUAAGCUUCUUCUUGGGGAGGAUAUGUCUGGCGGUGGGAAAGGUGUCUGCACUGCUGUCACAAUCUCAAAUGCCAUUACCAACCUUUAUGCUACUGUUUUUGGACAAAAUUUGAAGUUGGAGCCUCUGAAGCCUGAGAAGAAGGCUAUGUGGAGUAGGGAAAUGAAAUGUCUUCUAUCAGUCUGUGAUUACAUAGUCGAAUUUGCCCCAACUGCACAGUAUUUAGAUGGCACCAUAAUAGAGAUGAUGACAAGUAGACCAAGGUCGGAUAUUUACAUCAACCUUCCGGCACUGCAGAAGCUUGACAUGAUGCUUAUAGAAAUACUGGAUAGUUUCCAGGAUACUGAAUUUUGGUAUGCGGAGCAAGGGAGCAUAUCGGGAAAUUCUAUGCAUUCACGUGUAGGCUCAUUUCGAAAGAUUGUUCAAAGAAAUGAUGAGAAGUGGUGGUUACCGGUUCCUUGUGUUCCCCACAGUGGCCUCUCUGACAAUUCGAGGAAGCACUUGAAAGCAAAACGGGAUUGUGCUAAUCAGAUUCACAAAGCAGCCAUGGCUAUAAAUAGUAGCAUCCUCGCAGAGAUGGAUAUCCCAGAAUCAUAUAUGGCCAGUCUUCCCAAGAGUGGAAGAGCUAGUAUUGGAGAUUCAAUUUAUCGCUAUCUGCAUACUGCAGACAAAUUCUCAGCUGAUCACCUUCUUGACUGUCUCAAAAUAAGUUCUGAACAUGAAGCACUUCAGCUAGCAGAUCGAGUCGAAGCAUCAAUGUACACAUGGAGACGUAAAGCUUGUCUGAGCCAUUCAAAGUCAUCAUGGAGCAAGGUAAAGGACCUCAUGUCUGAGACAGAACGGAGUGACAAAAACUAUAUAUUAGCUGAGAGAGCCGAGACUCUACUUUAUUGCUUGAAGCAAAGAUAUCCUGAGCUUUCACAGACUUCCUUGGACACAUGCAAGAUUCAAUACAACCGGGACGUAGGGAAAGCAAUACUAGAGAGCUACGCUAGAGUAUUGGAAGGCCUAGCAUUCAACAUUGUUGCUUGGAUUGAGGAUGUUCUUUAUGCUGAUAAAUCAGUGAGGAAUCAAGAUGUAUAGAGAUCCCAAAUGGGGUUAUAAGCUGUUUUCAGCAUUGCAUCAUAGAUUCGUAAAUUGAUAUUUGUAUGAGAUGCUUUCCCAUGCAAAAUAUAUACGGCUUAGUUGUUAAUUGUAAUACAUAUGACUGCUUUCAUAUUCGAUAUGAUGAUUUAAGCAUCUUUA